CGCAGACAGGUUGCAUUUCAUGACAUGCAGUCAUCGCCGCUCCACAGCGCCCCGCUCCGGCCUGCGCCUGCACUGCGACGAGAAGCCGUGCGCGCCCGGUGAGCGACUGCCGCUGAAGAGACGAGACCGCUGUCUGCACUCAGCCCGACCCGCGACUGGCAAUGGAGUACGUGAACAACGCGAACAGCUACAGUUCUGGAGACACCAUGAGCAGCUCCUUAGCCAACAUGACCAUCAAGGAUCAGCACCACCAGGAGAACGGAGUCAAAAUGAAAGACGAUGAAGCAGCACUCAGUGAGAAUGGGGUGAAUUCUGUGUCUGAGCUCUCUCAGCCAGACAGCAGCCACUGUGAUGACGAGGCGCAGCCCGCAGAGGCGCCUGCAGAGAAAGCAGGAGCUGAAGAUACAGAGAGCACCGUGAGCAAAGACGAGGGGCAACUCGCAGCAGGAGCGUCUUCAACAGCUCAAGGAGUGAUGGAUAACGGAGAUAAGACUCAAACUGCCACCACACCGACCUCUUCCCCUCAAAGACCGUCCAUAACCGCCAAGGGCGCCAAAUCACCCGCAUCCUCCCGAAAUGGCCACAGCUCGAUCCCCAUUAAAGUCAGCAGCACAGGGCCCAGGCAGCCUGGAAGCGGUGCAAAGUCUCAGACUCCAGGGGCCAAAACUUCUGCCAGAACUGCAGCUCAACCAGAUGCCAGGAGUGGACAGAGCAGCCCCGGCACUCCCAAAUCCCCCGGUAGCCAAUCAAAUUCUGCAAAGUCAGGGGCCGAUGCCAACAAAGUGAAGAAGGUGGCUGUGGUUCGCUCCACCCCCAAAUCCCCGGGCUCGCUGAAGAGCCGUCCACCGGCUCCUCUGGCUGCCGCGGCGCCGCUGCCAGACCUGAAGAACGUCAGGUCCAAGAUCGGCUCCACAGAAAACAUCAAGCAUCAGCCCGGAGGGGGAAAGGUCAAAAUCCUCGAGAAGAAGCUGGACUUAAGUAACGUCCAAUCUCGCUGCGGUUCUAAAGACAACCUAAAGCACACGCCUGGUGGAGGCAAGGUGCAAAUUCUCGAUAAGAAGUUGGACUUGAGCAGUGUGCAGUCCCGGUGUGGCUCCAAAGAUAAUAUAAAACAUGUACCCGGUGGUGGCAAUAUUCAAAUCGUGCACAAAAAGAUCGAUCUGAGCAACGUUACAUCUAAGUGUGGCUCGAAGGACAACAUUCGUCACAAGCCGGGUGGUGGAAACAUUGAGAUCAAAAACGAGAAGCUGGAGUUUAAAGUUCAGUCCAAAGUGGGCUCUCUGGGCAACAUCAGCCACAUUCCUGGAGGCGGGCAGAAGAAGAUUGAGAGCCACAAACUGAAUUUCCGCGAGACAGCCAAGGCCCGCACUGACCACGGCGCCGAGAUCGUCUCCUUGGAAGACUCCCCUCACCAGCUCAGCACCGUGUCCUCCUCUGGCAGCAUCAACAUGACCGACUCUCCACAGCUCUCCACGCUGGCUGACCAGGUGUCCGCCUCCCUGGCCAAACAAGGCUUGUGAACGCGCUCGCCGCACUCCCCGCCUCGACCGCACGACCACGUAGAGGAGUUGUGAUGCCUUCCUCGUUACUUUCACAGGACUUUUAUUUGAUUUUUUUAGCUGCCCGUCACUGUUUAUCCUCCACUAACCUUUGAAUCUCGUCGAGGCGUUGCUAUUAGAGGUCUUAAAAAAAGAAAACAGAUUAACCAGUAGGCCAACAUGUAUUGAAUAUCUCUCUGUGGUCUUUGAUCUCUACACUUAAUUUGAACCUUUUGUAAGUGUCCCUUUAAGAGUUAAAGCACCCCAGCAGAGCGAAAUCCUCCCUCUGAGGAUCUCCGUACAUAUCCCGCUAAAUCGUCUAAGACUCGGUUUCCCGUCACAUUGACUGUGAACCCUUUUAGAAGUGUAUCUUAUCAGCGUCACCUUCGACGGGUGUCCCCUGAUUCUUUUUUUAUUUAUUUAUUUUUUGAUAAAAAAAAAACAGAACCUUGUAGAUGGAGGUUAAUGCAGACUGUUUGUGGGACGGGGGUGGGGGUCCGUUUGCGCUAAAGCAGAGGGAUCAGAUACAGGGUCCGGUGAAGUGGGCGGAGGAACAGUUAGAAGAAAAAGUAGCAAAUAUUUCUCGUCAAGGCAGAAAAGAAAAAGCUUUCAGACCUCACUGCUGUCUUUGCUUUGUGUAGUCCUGACAUGUGCUGCACCUCGAGCUACUGCAGGAGACUGCGGGGUGGGAGGGGGCAGAAGUGAGACCGCAGAGACAACAGCGACUGAUCGCGUCGCCUUCACGCGACUUUUUACGGGACGUGCCGAGCUCAGGUGUUCGUUCAGAGCCGCGAGAUCGAGAAGAAAGAGAGAAAUUACACUUAACGGAGGGUUGAGAGAGGCCUUUACCAACGGCAGCUGUGCUGUUUAACUCUUCCCUGCUUAAUAGGAGAAACAUGGCCGAGUGAGGGUGAUCUUGUUCUAACGGCCAUUGAAACAUUUGUUAACCGAUAAAUACACCGAAGCAUCAGGUUUUUGUAGUUUCUUUUAAAGUAGCUGGCUCGUUGUUGUGGCGACGAUACGGUAAAGCUGUGCUGUCUGCUGCGACCUGCAGCUGCUGAGACCUCGAGGGUCAUCCUGGUUUUACUACUGUGGAUGUCAGCAGAGUCUAAACUAAACCCGCCACAGGUUUGACAUUUAAACCAUUAGAAUCGCAGCGGAGAGCACGAGCACUCCAAAGCCCGAGCGGUGACGUCACCACCAGCUCCCUCUGCCAUUCGCAGGGUUACAGCGUGGUGGCACUUUCACGGGUUCAAACUUCCACUGCAGACGUGAGCAGCACGCUGGGAAUAUUUCACCUUAAAUAUGGAAGUUAAAGGGCCCGGUCACGUGUUGUAAGAACACUAAAGCUAAAUAAGGAAAAAUUUAAAAAACAAAAUGUCAACAUUUCUUCUUCGGUUUUAUUUGACUUAUUUAAGCUGGUUUUUGUUCCCCGCUGUUUCCUGUUCUCUGUGUGAGUCGUUCGGCUCAGAAUGAUCAAUUAUCUGAGCUCGGUGACGAAGCGAGGGGCUGAUGCCUCUCCGCGGUCUCAUUUCUGACGCUCUCCCUGCGUCGUAGGUGAGGGAGGGGCAGGGGAGCGUUACCUGGAUUUAAAAAAUACAGAAAAAAGACGAAGUGAAGAGCUAGAGUAGAGACUUUGUGUUGGGCACAGUUUUAUAAUCGUACUCUGUGGAUAUAUGACAUGUAUUUGAUAUGAAGAAACAUUUGUAUCGUGCCUGCUACUGUCAGUGUUCUUUUUUUUUACUGCUUUGUGUAAAUGCGCUACAGCUUGAGGAGGGAAAAUUAACCUUAAAGUGACAUUUUCAUAGCUAAACUGCGAGGAGGAGGCUGAGAACAGUAUUUAUGCACUUACAGGUAGGUAGACUAAAGUUUUCACAGCGGUGACACAAACACUGAAAACGGCUGUUUUACUGUUAAUGGAUCGUUUGUACGGAGAAGAUUGUGAGUGUUGCACGGCAGGCGGACGGUGAAGACCUCCUUAGGCAGUCUGUAUCCAACACACAUGCACCUGAAACACAGGACUGAUCAGAUGGCCGUGUUUCUCGCUCCCUGCAAAGUAGUAAAAGUGCACUUCGUGGCAAAAGUUUGUGGACGCAUGAGAGCUUAUCUGCUGCAGAUUUUUAGCAGUAGUCCAAAAGUCACGAGUGAGGCUUGAUGAGCGUCACAGGAAGUGUUUGGUGGGCCAGAGGAGACCUGAACGCCACAGCACACAGUGGUCCCAGAUAACAAAAAGAAACCUCACACUUGGGCCGGAUAUUACUUGCCAUUUGGGUUUUGGUACUUUCUCGGAUUCAUUUGAUGAGCCGUUACAUUUAACUAUGACUUAGUGUUUAAUUAACUUUUAGAAAAUGUGUCUAAAUUCUCAGUAAAUUCUGACCAAAGGCCAGAACAGGAAUAUUUAGAGGAGGUGAUUAUUUCACUGCCUUCAUGGUGCUUUAGCCACAGGUGCAUCAUUUGGCCCUAACAACCAACACUUAUUUCCACUGUGAGGUUGUUGUUUGAACAUGGAGGCAGCCUCAAGUGGCCAUCAGAGGAACUGCAGUUUUUGGCACUGGGAAAAAACCCGUCAAAGUUAAAGGAUAGAUGGACCUUCCUUUAAGCAGCAAAAGUGCCCGAGUAUCAGAUUAAAAUAUGAUCCCUUUUAAAUGGUUGAGCCAGACAGGUGCGUCCACUUACUUUUGUCCACGCGGUGCAUAUGUGGUCACGUUUUUGUUGUGUUCUCCAGCUGGAGCCAGGUUAAGACGUUCCCCUGCAAACAAACCCAGUUCAUGUGCUCAGAGACGUCCCGAUGUGGCCCCCCCGCUGAUUCAUUACUCGCAUUAAAAUGAGUGAAACAGCUUCUUGCAUGCAGCUCAUGUAAGAGACAGCCGUCUGCUUGUUGCCCCCCUUUCACAAAGCGAUCUCUCUGUAUAUCCUGUUUAUAUUUUCUCUGGAACUGGACGGAUGUACCAAUUCUUUUUUUUUGUAUUAAAAAAUGUGCAAUUAAGGGUCAAAAGGUCACCGACUUUGCUGUAAGGUUUCCUAAACGAGCAAGCACACGAAAAGCUUGCAACAUUAUCUGCAUGCUAAACCCUCUUUAGUUCCAGUUCCACGCUCGUCUCUGCGUGCAGGACGGACGCGAGCACCCAGGGACGGGAGCCGAUCUCCGAGAGGUUUCCACAGUAACAAAACUCGUCACCUUCUUUCGUUUUUGUUUUCCUCUCUUCGGGGUUACUUCUGACGCUGUACAGUUGUGGAAAUGUGAUUGUUCUCGUUAUUGUGCAUUUUCUCAAUAACUGGUUUAUGAUGAUUCUUGUUGCUGUAUAUGUGUAUUUGAAAAUAAAUGCUAUGAAGUCACCGUGGUGGUGAAGGAGUGCAAAAAAAUCACUCCCAGAUCAGACGGGACUCAUUCAUCUGUU